AAAACUGCUAGAGAGAAGUAAUAAUCAAACAGAAGCUGCCACGGGUGUAAAACAGUGAGAGGAGUGUUUCCAGAGACAAACGUGAAGAAUGAGUGCCAUGAAGUGGUUGGUGAUUUUAUUCUUGCUGGGCGUAUGCUUACAGGCUGCAGCUCAAUCAGGUUUUCAAGCAUCUGUGUUCGCUGCAACAUCCAGGACCGUCAUUGUCAGAUGGACCGGGUACUCAGGAGCCACCUCGUACAAGAUCAGCGUUGCCCCCCGAAACUCACCAAACAACUUCAUCGCUUUUGCCACAUUUGGGCCAAACACAGUGAUGGGCUCUGUCACGUCUUUGUCAGAGAACGUUGAGUAUACCUUCACAGUUGAAGCUCUGGAUGAUUCCCAAACAGCACUGGCCACUGCAUCUAUUGACUCGUCAACAGCCCCCGAUGAAAUGGAGCCCAUCCAGAGAGUGAAGCCGAAAGACAGCAGGACCUUGAUUGUUGUGUUUAACCCGAAAGCCAGGGCAACACAGUACGUCAUUAGAAUCCAAAACAGCGAUGGUUUCUUCAGAGAGGACACAGUGUCCUCGUCCCCCGCUGAGAUCGAGUCCCUCACACCGUACACUGAGUACUCACUCAGCAUCCUGGCGGAGAACAGCGCAGGCCCCAGCCAGCCAUCAAGUUCUGUGACUGGAAAGACAGUCUUGCCUCCUCCUCAGCUCUCCUCCUCCUCUCCGAGCAACGACAGUAUCAUCGUGUCCUGGGCCCCAGUUACUCACGCCGUCCAGUACUCCCUGUCUAUAUCCAAGCUCGGCUCAAACAGCAGCAUCCACAACACCUCCAACACCAACAUGACCAUCUCCGGUCUGGAUGCUGGAUCCCUCUACGUCAUCCAGGUCUUCGCCUGGGACACCGAGGGCCGCAAGGGAGAAGGAAGCCUGCACAUCAACCAGAUCACACGACCUCCAACUCCAUCCUCUGUCCGUGUGUCUGUGGUGAAGAAUAAUCAUGUUGCAGGACUCUCUGUGUCCUGGAACAUCGACCAGGUUGUUCAUGGACCCAUCAUGUACCAUGUGAUGAGUGACCAGAACCUCACCUGUAACUCCACAUCCAGCUCCUGCACUCUGCCUGCAGUGGGCUGCGGAGAGGUUCACACUAUCCAGGUCACCGCCUCCAACGAGGCCGGACCCGGCCAUCCGUCCAGCCCCGAGGUCUUCAUCACCUUCCCCUGCCCUCCACAGUCUUUGGCUGUUGUGGAGUCAACAGAAGGAAACUGCACUGUGAGGUGGGAGACGGUACCUCACGCUGACAGCUACACGGCCUUCAUCAAGAAAAAUGACGGCAGCGAGGGGACCUGCAACACCACCAGCAACAACUGCACCUUCCACUGCCAGUGUGGCUACACAUACGUGAUGUUUGUGUUGGCGUUCAACGAGGCCGGCGGCAGCCCUGAAGGCCAGCCUCUCAACUACACCACCUUGCCCUGCUGUCCAGAGAACGUAUCCGUCUCCUCUGUGAGCACUGACACUCUGGAGAUCAUGUGGACGGCCUCUCAGGGAGCAGAUGUGUACGAGACUCGAGCUGCAGACACUUCAGAGGUCAUCCUGUGUAAUGACACAGCACCGGUGUGCGCCCUGUCUGACCUCAGCUGUGACAGAGAAUACACUGUGGUGGUGACACCCUGCAAUGAAUUUAGUGGAUGUAACCGUGCUUGCAGAGCUCACACCAAAGGCACAGCUCCCUGCAUGCCAAUGAAUCUGAUGCUGAAUCCGAAGAACUCCUCCUGCAUCAGUGUGAGCUGGACAGGAAACAACAGAGCUGCUAACUACACUGUGACUGCAGGUGGAGACGACGGCAUCCACUCCUGCACCACCAGCGGGACCACCUGCGACAUCACUGACCUUCCCUGUGGCUCCACCUACCAAGUCAGCGUCACAGCAACCAGCGCCGCCGGCCAGAGUUUACCCAGCUACACCGACUCUCUGGAAACAGAACCCUGCUGUCCGAUGAAUCUAACAGUCGAUCAGGUGACUCAGGCGAUGACCAACGUCUCCUGGUCUCAUGCUAAAGGCGCUCACUCCUUCAUCACCUCCCUGACUUCACCUCGUGGUCACGCCCGCUGCCACACCCAGGACUCCCACUGCCUCAUGGGAUGCAUCACCUGCGGCACCAACUACACCGUCACCAUGGAGGCAGUCAGCCACAGCGGCCACAAGUCCAGCUGCACCUACCAGGGCUUUUCAUCCAGUGCCUGCUGUCCGUCCGGUGUCAGGCUGUACAGGAUGGCCAGUAACUCUCUGAGGGUUUUCUGGCGCAGCGGCAGCAGCCACAGCUCCGUGGCAGAGCUGGUGGGCAUCAUCAACAACUACACCUGCACCGCUUCUCCAGGAGAGAACAGCUGUGACAUUGGCAACAUCCAGUGUGGAGACGUCUACCAUGUGGUGGUGGCUCCACUCACAGCAGAGGGCAGCAAAGUCCUCUUCUGCCCCCAGAGAUUUUACUCAGUCACUUGUUCAGGGAGCAAAGUUGGCACAGUGAUUUACAGAGGGAAGAGAAGUGUGGACUAGCAUAUGAUACAACGUGCAUCACAUCGUCUUCAUCACCCUCUUCCUCCUGCAUCACCUCUGUCCCACUGGAAUGAAGCCAUUCUUGUAACUAAACAGAAGAACUGCUAAAUGAACAAACCGUUUAUCCAUGAUACAAUGAAUAAUGAGAAAUAAAUGUUACUGGUUGUUGUAAACCUGCCUUUAAAUACUGUGUCAUGUAAUAUAGCCAAACAAAACUGACACUGUGUCCUCAACAUUCACGAUCAAGCACUUAAAUAUGAGCAAAUCAAGUCUAAGAGAACAGCAAGAGUCUAUUUUAUGUGUCCUGCUCAAAAUAUGUAUCAUAGGAUAAAGUCAGGUUAAAAUAUUUGGUGAAAAAAGUGAAAAAAUAUUCUCUUGAUGUAACAUUUGAAACACUAACAAUGAGCCUUAUACUGAAAAGGUUGUGUCUAAUUGGGAUAAAUGCAGAUUAGUUUUAUCUCUGGAGUACUGUGUUUUUAAAAAGCACACAAUUAAUUUAGAGAAAUGACAAAAACAAUCAAUUGGAAAAACCGUAAUGACAACAGAUUAAACAAUGUAUGGAAUAUUUUUCCCCUUCAGUUCAUGUGAUCAAGUGUUAAUUGGUGAGUUUAACAAAUUAAUAUAUUUCUUAUUAGCUCCAGCCCCAAGUAGAAGGCCUUCUGAUGAAGAAGUGACAGACAUUGAAAUGUGCACCUUUAACUGAACCAUCCUGUAAAAACUCUUCAGUGUGCCGCUUAUUCUUCUCAGGAUGAAUUUAAUUGUCUGGAAUAUGUAUCGCUGUGAAAAACUGAUUCAUAUUUCAGCUAAUAAAGAAUUCCCAGCAUCA